AUGUCUGAUAACAUCGAAAAUUACUUUUACCACAACCGUAAAGCAUACCGGGAAUUGUAUUUUAGAGAAUGGCUUCCAAAUGUUUAUUUACCGAGUGUUAAAGUAUUAAGGAAGGUCAAACUUAACAUAGCAGAAACUCAGUAUCGUCGUGGGCAUGAAUCUCAUGCUUGGAGCGCAGAAAAAGAAAAGAAUACUAAGAUACAAGGCGAAUGCUCGGAAGAUAGCUUAAGUGUAUAUACUGGGGUAGUUGACAUUUUACAACGUUUAGAUUUGGGAACCAUUGAAGUAAAAAUUCCUAUAGCAUCGGGAGUGGUUGAUCUUACGGGGAGCGAAGAUCCAUUUGCGAAUCUAUUAUCUUUUGAGGCAAAACAAAUUUUAUCGAGGCAUCAAUUCCAUAUUACCGAAUUACCCAACCAAAUUACUACAAUGUUAAAUGAAUUCGCGUCAUAUUUGAGCUGUAGGCCAUUACUAACAGAAGAUGAUUAUAGCGAGAAUGCUUAUGUAAUUCAUGCGGUAUCGAAAGUACUGGAUCCGCUCUUUACAUAUUCUAAAUGGCAUCUAAAACGGAAAAACUCCGAUCUUCAAAUUUUAUUGAAAUUGGAUAUGAAGGAAAAUGAGCUAGUUCUAAGGGAUGGUACUUCUUCCAGAGCAAAAAUAAUACGCCACGAAUUGGGAAAAAUUCCUAUCUUAGGGAUUCAAGUGAUAGGAGAACGCAUAUUCGUUUCCGUGUUAGAUCUAUUCGAAGGUGCUUUUUACCGGGUUUAUCGAAUUUGUAAGAUUAUUAUACCUUUACGAAUUUCCUCGCGCCAAAUUGUUGAAGAACUUUUGAAGAGUGCUCUAGAACUAAGAACCGUAGUUGAAAAAAUUGUUGGAAUGUCGGUAAGUAUAAAAGAUGAAAUUAAUCUAUUACCAGCGCUUGAAGAUCGAAACCCAUCAUCAUCAUCAAUUAUGUCAACUACAUAUUCCCCACCGAGAAGUUCUUAG